CACACGUAAGGGAGGUUUAAAUUCAAUUUCGAACUUGCUUGUAACACCUAGAAGUUUGUGUCACACACAACACAGGACUCAGAGAGCAUUGCCUUAUUAGACGCCAUGGGAGAAGCGCAUGUUGAUCAUCAGACACCACUGUUGCAUAAGCAACAGCCACAGGAUACUGUCAUUAACAGAACUGGGACUCUAUGGACCGCGGUGGCACAUAUAAUAACUGGGGUCAUAGGGGCAGGGGUGCUGUCUCUGGCAUGGAGCAUGGCUCAACUGGGUUGGAUUGCAGGACCCUUGGCUACGCUGCUCUUUGCAUCUAUCAUUUUCAUUUCCUCUUCACUUCUCUGGAACUGCUACAGAACUCCUGAUCCUGAACUUGGACCCAUCAGAAAUCGCUCCUACAUAGAGGCUGUGGACAUGAAUUUAGGCAAAAAGAAUGCACGGGUGUGCAGCCUUUUCGUGCAAGUAGGCUUGUAUGGUGUGGGAAUAGCAUAUACAAUUACAACUGCUACUAGCAUGAGAGCAAUUCAAAAAUCAAACUGUUACCACACACAAGGGCAUAAGGCUGCAUGUUAUUAUGACGAUACUUACUAUAUGCUAGCUUUCGGAGUUGUUCAAUUAAUACUGUCUCAGAUACCUAAUUUUCACAGCAUUCACUGGCUGUCGGUAGUUGCUGCAAUCAUGUCCUUCGCUUAUGCUUUCAUUGGACUUGGACUUGGCAUUGCUAAAGUUAUUGGAAAUGGUCAUCUUAAGGGUACCAUUGGAGGAAUCUCAACAUCGACUACUGCUGAGAAAAUCUGGCUGGUAUCUCAAGCACUCGGAGACAUAGCAUUUUCCUAUCCAUACUCCCUAAUUCUUAUUGAGAUUCAGGAUACUUUAAAGUCACCUCCUCAUGAAAAUGAGACCAUGAAGAAAGCCUCAAUAAUAUCAAUUUCUGCUACAACUUUUUUCUACCUCUGCUGUGGAGGACUUGGAUAUGCAGCCUUCGGAGAUGAUACACCAGGGAACCUCUUGACAGGUUUUGGAUUCUACGAGCCAUAUUGGCUCAUCGACUUUGCUAAUGCAUGCAUUGUGCUUCAUCUAAUUGGAGGAUAUCAGGUUUACAGUCAGCCACUAUUUGCAAAUGUUGAAAAAUGGAUCUCUGGGAAAUUCCCUGACAGUGGAUUCAUACACAAGGAUUUCAACUUGAAACUCCCACUUUUACCGGCUUUUCGGUUAAAUUUUCUCAGACUAUGUUUCCGGACUGUUUAUGUUGCUUCUACAACAACAAUUGGUAUGUUAUUUCCAUAUUUCAACCAAGUUUUGGGAGUGAUAGGAGGCAUCUACUUUUGGCCUCUAUCAAUAUAUUUUCCAGUGCAGAUGUACGUUAAGCAGAGAAACAUCGAAGCCUGGUCAAGAAAGUGGGUGCUGCUUCAAAGUUUUAGCACUUUUUGCUUGCCCCUCACAUUGAUUGCCAUGGUCGGGUCGAUUGAAGGGCUUAUAAGUGCCAAAGCCGAAUUAAGUUAAGGAACUUGAUUGUCUCUGUUCAUGAGAAAGACAAGACACAUAUACAUGGAAAUGUUGUUGAUUUUACUUGUAUCAGAAAUUUAUGCGACAGGCCUUGUACUUUUCAGGAGCUUAGAAAACCUGGUAUUGGAAUUAUAGUGUUGGAGUGAAAUAAACUUCUGAUUAUUGUCAUCUUUCAGAAUUCAAUAGUGUAUGCCACCACUGUAAGACAA